ACAACAUCGUCGUACGAGACACUCCAAGCAAUCGGUGAGGGGUUUUGUUGGUCAUGGAGGAAGAAGGUAAAUAAAAGAGGAGCGCUAAUAACUCACGGCGGCUGCUUUGAGACUGUUAUUACCAGGAGGUUUGUCACUGCGGCAGCUUUUGUUCUGAUACCUUUAUUAAAUCAGACGGAAAGGACAGACCGGAGAGGAGGGACUGUCGCUUCGGCUUCAGCAGCAGCUCUCGGCGGUGAGUUCUCAGGUGGUCUGAUUGGGUUUGCUUCAUCCUUGUGUUGCCAUGGCGAUGCGGGAGUUGGUGGAGGCAGAAUGUGGGGGAGCCAAUCCCCUCAUGAAGUUGACCAGUCACAUGACCAAGGAGGGGGGGGCAUGGCGGCACCGCUCAACACCUACAAUUCCCCCCACUGCCAUUGAAAUUGCAACUGAAGAAGAGCUGGUGAAUGAGUUCCUUCAGGCACCCCCACGACCCCCACACACAUUUGACAUGGGUCAGCUGUUGGAGGAAAUGCAGCAGAUUGACCAGCAGAAUUACAGACAAGCUCCACAAAGAGCUCCAGAUGUGGCAGCGUUGGCCCUCUCUGGUGACUGGGCAGCCGAGUUCCUCUCGGGUCCCGACUCUGCCUCUGCACCAGGGCUCACCGCUCUUGGUGAUGCAGCAGAUGCUGAUUGGACGAGGGAAUUUAUUGCUGAGGCUGCAGAUCCUGGACGCUGGGCAGAGGAGUAUCUAGAGCAGUCGGAGGAGAAGUUGUGGCUGGGAGACCUGGGAGACAAGGAGAAUGAAUGGACAAAGGAGUAUCAACCAGGAGACGAGCUGAGGCAGACGGCCAAUGAGCUCGUCGCAAAGGUUGAUGACCCCAAGUUACAAAACACAGAGUUCCUGCAAUUCAUUAGGCAGAUUGGCGAGGGCAGUGUGACAGUGGAGAGCAGAACAGACAAACAGCUCACAGAUAAAGCUCAGGCCGAGGAGGCUCAGAACUGGGCCUCCACCCUCAACCAGGUGUCAGAGGAGUCGGCUGAAGCCUGGGUAGAUCAGUUCACCGCGUCAGGGCCGGAUUUCCAAGAAGCUAAAGCUGCAGUGGAGAGUGAUGUGGAUUUCUGGGAGAAGCUGCAGCAGGAGUGGGAGGAGAUGGCUAAGAGGGAUGCAGAGAGCCAUCCCUGGCUGUCUGACUUCGAUCAGCUACUCAGCAGUUCUUAUGACAAGGGGUAUCAGUUUGAAGAGGACAACCCCUACUUAUUGCACCCGGACCCUUUGUCAGAGGGAGUGAAGAGGAUGGAGGCAGGGGACAUCCCGGGUGCUGUACGGUUCUUUGAAAGUGCUGUACAGAGAGAACCAGACAACCAGCUGGCUUGGCAAUAUCUGGGAACCUGUCAGGCAGAGAAUGAGCAAGAAUUUGCUGCCAUCAGCGCCCUCCACAGAUGUAUAGAGCUGAAGAAAGACAACCUGACUGCUCUGAUGGCGUUGGCUGUCAGUUUCACUAACGAAUCGCUGCACAGGCAGGCCUGUGAGACUCUCCGUGACUGGCUAAAGCACAACCCAAAAUACCGUUCUGUGUGGGAGCAGAAUGAGCGUGAACGGCAAAAGGAUGGCGCCAGAGAAAGGGAGAAGGAGAGGGAGAGGUUCGGGUCACUGCUGCCAGAAUCUUUAUUUACUGAUGUCCAGUCCCUGUUCCUGCAUGCAGCGAACUCUGACCCCGCUCAGGUGGACCCCCAGCUGCAGUGUGGUCUGGGAGUUCUCUUUAACCUCAGCGGGGAGUACGACAAGGCGGUGGACUGUUUCAGCGCUGCUCUCUCUGUCACACCACAGGACUACCUGCUGUGGAAUAAGUUGGGCGCCACACUCGCCAAUGGGAGCCGCUCAGAGGAGGCAGUGGCCGCCUACAGGAGAGCUCUGGAGCUGCAGCCUGGUUUCGUCCGCAGUCGCUACAACUUGGGAAUCAGCUGUGUCAACCUGGGUGCACACAGAGAGGCAGUGGAACACUUCCUCGAAGCUCUAUCUCUACAGCGCCAGGCUGCCGGGGACGGAGCGAGAGCUGCAAGGGGGCCUGGAGGGGCAGCAGCCACCAUGAUGUCCGACAACAUCUGGUCCACCCUGCGCAUGGCUCUCAGCAUGAUGGGAGAGAGCUCUCUGUACGCUGCUGCUGACCGUCGGGACUUGGACACAUUGCUGGCUCACUUCUGCCAGAGGGAGGUGGACGGUGGGACUGAAUGAAGACCAGCCAGGGGGGAGCUUAUUGAGUGUGAGUGUGUUUCACUGGGAGGGAAAUGUUUGGGUGACUGAAGCGGGGAAGAAUUGGAGUGGUAACGGUUUCAGAAAAACAAAGGAGGAAGACACUGUGAAUUAUCCACCAUCCUAGAGACAUCAUCUUUUGUUCAUGUGUGCGUAAAUGGCUUCUAUCAAAUAUUGCAGUAUUAAUCUCUACCUGGAAGAUGCAGCCAGCAGUAAUAAAGUCACUGUAUCUUAUAUGUUUGAUGGUGCUCAUCUUUCCACCUAUUUGGUUAAUCAGGAGAACUGGGUUUAAUGAAAUGUCACUUUUGUUGAUUUUAAAUCUGUUCUCAAUGAAGAUAAAUUAUGAGUGACGCCGUUCUGUAUUCAGUAAGCAGCAAUGUGGACGGUUGAGUUUAUCAUUACACUCAAUGCUCUUACAGUCUUUCUUAACAGCAGGUUGUUGAUUCAACUGUGUACUCACUAUGGUUAUUUUGAUUAAAGGUACAAUAUUGCUGUGACAUUAAAAGGAGUACUGCUUUUCGUCAAAAGAGAAGGAUUAGGCUGGUCCAGAGUACAAACACUAAGUGCUACAGCGGUUUGUUUUUCUUUCCGUCUUUUUUUACUUAAUUAAUUACAAAAACAUUAAAUUAUCAGCCAGGAUAAUGAACUGACGACCAGCAGGACUGUUACUGUUAUGAUAAGGUGUGUGUGUGUGUGUGUGUGUGUGUGUGUGUGUGUGUGUUUUGGGUUGGGUGGGGGACAUUAAUCGUGCAUCGGAUAAUUGUAAUAUCAUUGAGGAUGAUUUCUCUGGGCUCCUCCCUCUCUAGCUCUUUUUCAUAUCGCUCUUGUAAAACAAUUUGCUUCAUUGUAAAAUAAUGCUACAUGCCAUAUUGUGUAUUGUAACAUAAUUGUUGCACUAUAAUUGUUUUCAGGCUAGUUAAAUCCUGACUGCAAUGUUUAAUAUAAUAUUCAGCAAUAAAGCUUUGAUUCCAAACA